AUGGCCUUAAGUGAAAAUGAAUCGACAAUUGAAUCAACACUUCCAUGGAUUGAAUAUAAUGAUCACUUCAAAAUAAUUAAAUUGUUAAAAGAUCAACUAACAUAUCAAACAUAUGAGGUGAAAUGCAAACAUUGUGUAACUACUAAAUCAAGAACCGCCGAUACUAGAUCCAAAACCAAUUUACGAAAUCAUCUAAAGAAUAAACACUAUAAUAUCCACUCUGUGAAAAAAUUGCUUAGCUUGAAAAGAAGUGAUAUUGGUUUUAAUGAAGGACUGCGGGAUUCUGCUGAUUUAAAUAAUUCUAAAACAUCAAAGGCUGCAAUAUGUAAUCAACCUUCCCUGUUUGAAUUAUCAUAG